AUGGAGGGAUCCAAGACGCUUCCUGACAGUCCUGCCUCUUUCGAAUCGAAAGGGGAAACACGAGUCAAGGACGACGAGGCGGACUCUUCACACAGUGUCGAGCUCAAGGAGGUGUCUAGUCGACAGGGUUCGCCUGAUGCGUCCACGCGGUGUUCCCUCGUUCCGGAUGCGUCGCCUCUCCGUUCUCCGCAGUCCGAGAAAAACUCGAGUGCUUCGCUGAUUUUAUCUGGCGAAUCUCCUACGGCGAGUGAGUCGCAACAGCCACCCGCCGCCGUUUCCGGGCUGCGAGCUGGUGUCCAGACACCGCAGGCCUUCGCGUCGCCGAGCGGCUCUCUGCCGAACAGUCUGAAGGCCACUUCGACUGCUGAGACGAUUCCAAACGCGCCUCCUUGUGCGAGGUCUGCUGAGGUUGGGGCUUCUCAAGACGCCGGCAUCGAAGCCGCCGGGGAAAGAAGUUUCGGCACACACGAGCCCAGGACUCCGCUCGGCGGGAGGAACUCAGCCGGUUCCCGACCACAAGAUGGUUCACCGACGGGAGGCGUCUCUCCGGCCCCACUUGUGCGCAGCUGUGUGUCCACUCGAGAAUCCAGCGCACGCGUCACCCGGGCGCCCUCGCCAAACGAAGAACGGAAUGGAAAUCCACGGUUUUCUGCCUCAGCCUCCUCGUGGGGUGCUCGCGCCGACGCAGCGCGAGGACGCUCGGCCGUCGUCGCUGCAGGGGCGGGGAGGGCGCUGCGUCUCGCUGCGGCCUCGGAGGGAAGUCUCACGGUCGUAGACGGGCCGACGCCGGCGAGGGAGUGGCUGCAGCGGCUGCACAGCCAGGCUGCACGCCCUACGCCGCUUCUCCGUCUUCGCGUCCAUCCCGAGACUGGCCAAGUCACACGCGCCAGCAAGGUCGCCGCCGAGGACGACGCGUGCCGAAGGCGCGGUGGACCUCCGAGCGACGAAGCAGAAAGUGAGGAAGGAUGGGGAGCAAACGUGUCGCGGAUGCGAGAGUCGCUCUCGUACCGGAAAGGCAGAUGCGUGGACGGGCGCGGGGGGGCUGCAAGAGGUUCUGCGUCUUCUGCGGGGGCCUUCUCUGCAGCGACUGCAGCUGCCUCGCACCCGGCGCGAAGUCAUUUCCGCGAGGAGCUUGACGACGCACAAGGCACCUCGGCUCGACGGCUGGCCGCAUCCGCGGGCCGUCCGGGGCUGCUCAUGCGCCCGCCGUCUCUGGCGACCGCGUUUCCCUCUGCUUUGGCGACGACGCAGCGCUUUCGGUAUCGGAGCACGAGCGUGGCUACCAGCGGGCGAGGCUCCUCCCAGGGCUUCACAGGCGAGCAGGUGUUCGAAAGAGACACGUACACAGACACAGUCCACAGCAGCGAAGACAGUGGGUUAACGUGGGGAGAGAAGAGGGCGAAAGACGGCAGCUGGAGAGAGAAGUGGAUGCAGCAGACGAUAGAGGAAGAGGAAGAAGAGAAGACAGACGGAGAGGCGCAGGGCGAGGAGCGAGGCAGUGGAGGGCCACGAACCAGGCGAACGCGACGACGAACGUUCGGACAGAACCACGGGAUCCAUGAAGGCCGUAGAGAAAGAUGGUCGGAGCGUUGGGACGAAGUGGAGGGGCGUCGGCGGACAGUCGAGAAGGCCGUUCAGCAGCUGGAUGAAGGUGGAAACGUCGUUCAGGAGUGGUUCGAGGUGAUCGAAGAGAACCUGGAAACUGGCGAGACAAAGUUGACAAAGGCAGGCGAAGAUUUGCGGGACUACUUCGGCUCUCUGUCUGGGGCGCCGAGCCCCCGGGAGGAGACAGCCGAACGCGGAGACCAGGCAACAGCCCCCGGUGCUGUUCCUGCCGACGCCUUGCUCAGCGACGGCGACGCGAAGAACGAAAGACCAAGGACGACCGGUCGAAGAGCGCGCCUGGCUCGCCGAUGGAAAGAAGAGAGUCACCGGCGGGUGUCAGCAGAGACGGGGGAGGACGAAGAGGUCUGGACGGCCUUCGAAGAAUCGCAGGCAGGAAGAGAGAACGGGCGACGCAGACGACGCGAGGGAAGGACGGGGACAGAGGAGACGGAAGUCUGGUACCGGGCGUUCGACUUGGAGACAGGGGCGACAAAGGAGACGUGGGAGGAGCGAUGGGUGGAGAAAGCUGACGGCGAAAAGUGGGGAGAGAAGAAGGGCGUCAAUACCCAAAAUGAGGAGUGGGGGGAAAAAUGGCGAGAAAAUGCAGCAGGGGAGCGCGAAGUCGAUCGCUGGGCCCAAACGGAAGACGGCCGAAGAAGGUGGGGGGAAAAGAAGGGAAGAAGCCGACCGAAGAAGGUUGAAGAAGGAAACCAAGAAGACGGACAGCCCGUUGAGGCGACGACUCCAGAAGACUACACAGAAAGGUGGGAAAUCGAGCACAGAGACGACACGUACGUGUCUUUCACGGACCGCUGGUGGCAGCGACCUGAGGAAGGGACUCGGUGGGGAGAAAAGAAGAAGUUGGUUCACUCCGCUGUCAAGAGACAGCCGGACGUAACGGCUGCAGACGAAGAGACCGAAGCGGCGGAUCGCGUUGUCGAAUUGAACGAAAAGUGGUAUGACAAUGGACAGGAGAAGAUGGUGGACGAAUGGCAAACAGAGCUUCUUCUCGAGGGCGCCCACGACACUGCACGUGGCCCUCGAAGAAUCCUUCACCAGACCGAGUCUGGGCGAAAGCACACAGAUCGGUACUCCGACGGAACUCAGUGGGGCGAGAACUGGCAUCAGUCACGCGCCGCGUCUCCAAGUAGCGCUUCGCCCUCCGGUUCUUCCUCCAGCGAGAGGAAUGCGGAAAAUGCGGACUCGGCGGACGGGGUUGUCUCGCGCCAGGUCACCGUGCAGAUUCGGACACCCAGCGGUCGCUUCGAAGUGUGCAACGUGGAGGCCUCGGCUCCAGUUCUGCGCCUGUCGUCGAGAAGCCGCGACAACUGGUGGCGAGAGCCUCACGGCAAUUCCUGGGGCGAGAAGAUGUACCAAGAUUUGGAGCAACGGGCAGAACAGCAUGAGAAGUGGUAUGACAACGGUCAUGAACGCCAAGUCGAUCGAUGGCGCGUCGCUCCUGACGGCUCGAGAACGGGCGAGAAGUUUGGCUCCAAAACAGAUGGGACGGAGUGGCGCGAAGCGUGGGGUCGGCAGGCGUCUGACGAAGGCCCAGAAGACUCGUGGAUCGAGAAGAGAUGGAAAGAAUGCAAUCAAGGAGAAGGCGUGAAAGAGUGGGGAGAGACGGAGGGGUCCGAAGGGCGGAAAAGAUGGAACCAGAAGUGGUGGAAGAAGGAGAGCUGGCAAGGUGGAGACGAAUUCGUGGAGAAGUGGGAAGACGAUGGAUACGGCAACACAAGCACUGUGAAGCAGGGUUCCACUUGGAAACACCACGAAGGAGGCCGAGAAGUCACAGACUGGUUUGAAGACAAGUUUGGGGUAGUUGAGCACUCCCAGGAGAAAUGGGCCUACAAGCAGGGCCGGAACGCGUCGGGCGAUCAGUGGUUGGAAAAAUGGAAUGAGAAACCUGAGGAGAAAACUGCGACAAAGUCGGGUUCUAACGCGCGAGGCGAUGCGUGGUCGGAGCAGUGGAAGGAAACCUUCGAUGAGAAUGGCGAGAAGAACAUUACAUGGGCUGAGAAGACCGGGCGCAACGCUCAGGGCGACUCCUGGUAUGAAACCUGGCUGGAGCGCCGCGCGAAUUGGAAGAUGGCAAUCAAAGAAGGCCGCAACGCACGCGGGGAAGAAUGGCAGGAGAAGUGGGGCGAAGAUUUACACGAAGACGGCUCGGGCGAGAAGUGGUGUCAAAAAUGGGCGAAAGACCACGCGGGAAAUCGACAUGGAAAGAGCUGGGGGGAUCGAUGGGGAAAAGACGGAAAAGGUGGACACAAGUGGGGCGAGGAGUGGUCAAACGAAGACGUCCACAAAUGGUGGCAUGACACUGACGGACGCCCUGCAGGAUGCUAG